AACACACGGACACCACCACAAAUUUCCCGUUUCUCUUCCUAUCCGUACACGCUUUGUCAAACCAGUGUGCGUGACAUCCCGGGGUCGCGUUUGUACGUUCGCCAUUUUUGUUAAACUCGCACACACAGCAUUCUCACGAUCUCGUCUCGUUUUCGUCGUCGUCGUCGUCGCGAUUUGAAACUCUCUUGCAGUGGACGGAGUGAUUAUUCGGAAAAAUUGUUAAUUCCCCGCUGAAAAAAGUGCUCGGACGGAUCAAAACUGAACGUAUUGACGAGUGGCCACCGCGGGCAAGUGAAUUCACGUACGGAGGAUAUGUUUCCGCCGGGGAAUCUGGCCGGAAUCGGUGACGAAAGAGUUUGACGAUUUUCCUUCAUCGUCGUCGUCGGAUUGGAUCGCAGCAACCUCUUUUCUUUUUUCGUUCGUUUCUUUUCUUUCCUUCGUCGCGUCUCGCCGUGUUCCACUUUUCUCCAAGUCGCGGGUUCAGCCCUCUGAAAGCAAUCAGAAAGCAAGUUUAGAGGAUCUGCAAAAGUAACCUACGACGAAAAAUAGUGGCGGAAGCCUAUGCAGACGAAGAAAACCAGCGGAAAUUUAGAGGAAAAAAUGUGUGAAAAAAUUACUAUUGGUGUUUAUGUGUCAAAUCAGCAAGAUUUCGCACGCAGUGAAAAGCCCAAACUUCCGACGGAUGUCUACUAAGUGCCGUCAAAGAGAGAAGAGUGUUAACAUUUUCCCAAUCGAGAUAAAACUCAAAAGAAGCAUGAAGUUUGCACUAAUACAACAUUAGCACGUAGCAGUCAACCAGAAAUUACUUGGAGGCAGGCGAGUGUCAACGCUGGAGAGAAAAAGCUUUUGCGUUUUCACCUUCUCCAAUAACAAUACACAAUCUUGGAAGCGACUGACAGCAGGCAACCAUGGGGGAUCGCGACAUACCAAGUGUUCCAAUCACCACCCUGGCUGGUCUGACCAGUCUCUCGGACAUGCUCAGCGAGCUGCCGAUAUCGGACUCCCUCUCGACGGUUUCGACCGCCCUGAACCGUUCGUUGCUGUUCCAUCCGCGCGUUGCCGAAGAAGCCAAUAACCUUUUGGCCACGCGAGAUGACAGCCUAAUCGGCCAGCUAGUGAAUGCCAUCGAGCAGACCAACUCGGAUCAUAUCGAACUGAAGGAUCAAUAUGUUCAGCAAUCGACUAGCAAAUCGUUGCAGGAAGGGCCCCUGCUAUUACAGGCCAUUCGUUCUUGCCGAGCGGAUGUGUUCAAUAGGCCCCAGACAGCACAUCAGCAGCAGCAAAACCAACAGCAACAACAACAGAUGCUUGUGCAGCAACAACAGAAAAUAAUUUUUACAUCACAACCCCAAGUUUCAAAUUUCCCAAGCGAACACUACUCUUCCCUACAAACACAACACCACCAGCAUCAGGAUUAUUUGAGUCAAAGUCCGCAAAUAUCCCAACAGCAGCAGCAGCCGCUUCAUCAAAUAGUGUUUAGCCAAUCCCCAGUUGCGACCCAACAUCCCAAUAACCCAUCCGUUGAAACACAGUCUCAUCAACUGUCACCAUUUCAACCGGAAUCAACGGUUAACAUUGCUGCUCAGCAGAAUCAAAGUAAAAUUCCCCAUCAUCAACAACAACAGCAACAUCAACCACCACAGACAACGCCACCUCAAAAAGUCAUCAUACGGCAGCAAGUUAUUAAUCUUCCGAAUAUUGCUUACCCAUCUAACUCUGCAGAAAAUAGCCAGCAGCAGCAACAAAUCUUCCAGCAUCAACAGCAGCAGCAACAGCAAUUGUUGCAUCAGCAGCAGCAACAACAACAGCAUCAACAGUAUCAUAAUCAAAACGUCAUCGUUACUCAUCAAUCAGUGAUUCAGAACCAGCAGCCCCAGUUCCAUCAGCAGCAGCCACAGCUUCCUUCACAACAGCAACAACAACAACAGCAGAAAGCAGUUGAUCCACACCGGUCAGUAAUCCAGCAGCCGGUUGCAGCAGCUGCUGCUGGAUCUUCCUUGAAUGCGCUUCCGGAAUCGAUCGUUUUACAACAUCAGCAGCAGCAACAGUUGGUAAAUCACGUUGCCCAACAACAGCCUCAACAGCAACAGGCAAUAUACCAUCAACAGCAAGCUGUUACACAGCAGCAACAACCGCACCAGAAUGUGAUAAACAUGAACAACAUCUCAAACAGUGCCUCCCCGACAGUCCAGCACCAGCAGCAGAUCACGACGAACCACGUUCAGUCGCCUCAACAGCAACGUACACCUUCGGCAGCGUCGAAGCAACAAUCUCACCCGGCUGUCAACGAUCAAUCUCAGUUGAAGAAUGGAAGCACACCUACCCUGCAGAACCAUCAGCCGUAUCCGCGGUCGCAGUUCCCAACCCAGCAAACGCCACAACCACAGCAACACAGCAUCAAUCACAUCAUCAAAACCCCAGAAGCUACUCCACGGAACAGCGAAUACCUUCAACAGCAGCAAAGCAAAAAUCUGGACGCUCGGGGACGUCCUUCACCGGCCCAGGGCACAACGGCUCCGGAAACCGAUCCCACUCAAACCAAUCUACGGAAGCAACAAGAGCACCAACAAGCACAGGCAGUUACUCCUCCUGUUCAGCGAAUAAAUCAACCAACGCCAAUGGCUACGCCCCCUAAUAAGCCCCGUCCACCGGGUGGCGUCCCUCCGGGUGGUACACCAACAAGUACACCGCCAGGACCCCGGCCAAUAUCCGUUGCAGGGGCAUUGCAACGGGCAGGGAUGAAUGCCGCACCGAAACCGAUUCUCACAACACCGGUAACGUCAAUCGCUGUUUCAGGAGCCCUGAUGAAGACGCCAACAACCACCACAACAGCCCCAACGACGCCAUCAAAUUCCAGUCAACAGCAAACGCCACAGCCGCAAACACCCCAACAGCCGCCAACCCCCAAUAAAACUCCAAUGAAAAAGCCCCAACGAGUUAACCUCAAGAAACUGUGUCGGAUGAUUACCGUGGCUGAAAUAGACACUUUAAACCUGAAAAAGUGUUCCGUUCGAUUAGAGAAACUUAGUGACGAGCACAUGACACUUAUGCAGGAGGAUCUGAAGAAGUUCUCCCAGGCUGAACCCAAACUGGCGAUGCGUUUGGGACUUGUGAAGAAGAGCGCUGAAAUGAUAUUUAGCAAAAUGAAGGAAGACGAAAGGAGAUACACUGGAUUACUGGCGAAGCGAAAGGCCCAGGAAGAUGCGAUGAAUCCCGAGGAUAUGUUCAGCAAACCGAAGCUCCGGAAGGUAGAGAAGAUGGUGGUACCAGUUGUGAAGAAGUUGUCCAAGGAAGAACUAAUGAACACGAACACUUACCAGAGGUUUAUGUCGAUCAUGGGUAAGAUAUUCGAUCAGCUAGAUGAAACCGAGGCACCCAAUUUGGACGAUGGAGAUGAACAGUUCGAGUGUAUUCCAACCAGCAUGCUCAGUAGUAUUAGUUCGGAGGCGGCGAAACUGAAGGCACGCAAUGCCAUCGAUGCCAUUCCGGAAAACAAGCUAACAUUGUUGAUUACGUACGCUAUGCGAUCGGUGCAUUCGGCAAAGAAUCUCAGUGGGACGGAACUUCAGGACGACUUGGUCGGGGACGAGUGCAUUGAGAAAAUCUUGAAUGCUAUGGAAGCAGCUUUGCUAAUUUGUUCGAUCUACACAUGCAAAAGCACAAAAUUCUUGCAGGAGGAUAACGUCGAUGCGAUCAUCAAGUUUGUGCAGUUUCAACUGCGAGAAACAGUAUUCCCUUCGUACGAUCCAGUUUACUCGGUUGAGACGAAAAAGAAAACAGACGGAAAGAAGUCGAAAAAGAUGCCUACUUACCAGCAGAAAGGUCUUUCGGUUUUGUACACCAAAAUUGUCGAACUCGGCAAACAGUUGGUGACCAUGUUUGAAAAAUUCCACUUCGUCGAUACCAUCGUGAUACACGCUUCGGCAUUAGGCGUGGAACCAUUCUUUGUGGAUAAUAUCGAAACCCUGCAGUUUGUGUGUCUCGAUCUGGUGACGUCGAUUUUUCAAAACGAAAAGUAUUCACACCACCGACGAAACAUUGUCGCGGACAUUCUUUCGUCGAUUGAUCGUCUUCCGCACUCGAAACGCAAUCUCCGCCCAUACAAGCUGGUCAACAAUGCCGGAAACAUCCAAAUGAUGACGGCUCUCGUACUUCAGUUAAUCCAGUGCGCCGUCGUUCUGCCGGAAGCUUUGGGAGAUAGCAACCCCAAGAAAGCAAACAACGAAAUCGUUAAUAGCAGCAAUCCAAAAUCGGCUGAUCUCUACAUCAUUGGGAAGUACGAUACGGCUUUGAGCAUUGGCGGGAACUUCCUAGCAACCUUUCUGGAUAAAUGUAAAAGUCGAUCAAGCGAAACGGAUUUCCGUCCCCUAUUCGAGAACUUCAUACACGAUCUUUUGACAACCGUCAAUAAACCGGAAUGGCCGGCAUCGGAACUGCUGCUCAGUCUACUGGGGACAAUGCUGGUCAAAAAGAUGUCCGACAAGGGUGUAGAGCAGUCAAUCCGUGUAGUUUCCCUCGAAUAUCUUGGUAUUGUGGCAGCUCGAUUACGGAAAGACACCGUAGAGUCUCGAUGUAAGGUCCGAACGAUGGAUUCGCUGAUCAAGUACAUUAAAAUCGAACAGGAAAAGGAAGGCGACGAGUAUCUGAAAGACUCAAAAUUUCAGCUGGACGAAGAAGAGGAACGAACGGAGUUCUUGGAGAAGAUUCUUCUGGACUUCCUGGCGGCAAACGCUCAGGAGGGAAACAUCGUGUGGAAUCAUGCGAGGCACUUUUACAUCACACAAUGGUAUCGGGACAUCAUUCAACGUAAGAAAAACAUCGCGGCCGGCGAGAAGGGAUACGCUUCUAGAAAAAAGCAAGCGAAAAGGCGGAAGAAAUAUACCAGCGAAUCGGAAAACUCCGACGGCGGCGGAAUCGAUUCCGACAUCGAACAAGUCAAGACUGGGGUGGAUCAGGAAUUGAACAGUGAAAUUUUCCGGCUGCUGGACACCCGGAAAGCAACUUACCUGUCGCAGGUCUGUCCCUUCGGUGGCAAAAAUGCCGGAAUAAGUGAAAUCAAAACCUACAUCGAUUAUGGCAACGCGAAUCUGAUCGCACAGUAUUUGGCCAGUAAGCGAUCGUUUUCGCAAAGUUUCGACAAAUAUCUGCAGAAAAUCAUUCUGGUCGUGCGGGAACCGGUCGUGGCGAUACGAACCCGGGCGAUGAAAUGCUUGGGCAACAUCGUCGAGGUGGAUCAGAUGGUGCUUGCGAGGAAGGACAUGCAGAUGGGCGUCCACCAAAAACUACUCGAUACGGCCAUCUCGGUGCGAGAGGCGGCAGUGGAUUUGGUGGGAAAAUACAUCCUCUCCGAUCCGGACCUGAUCGAUCAGUAUUACGACAUGAUUUCCACGCGGAUAUUGGACACGGGUGUUUCGGUUAGAAAACGGGUAAUCAAAAUUCUACGAGACAUUUGCAUCGAAUAUCCAGAGCAAGAAAAGAUUCCGGACAUUUGCGUCAAAAUGAUUCGCCGGGUCAACGACGAGGAAGGUAUCCAGAAGUUGGUCAUGGACGUGUUCAUGACGAUGUGGUUCAAUCCGUGCAAUCCUAAUGAUAAGGCGGCAAUGGAUAGGAAAAUUACUCAAAUAAUCGAUGUUGUUUGCUCAUCCCAUGAGACUGGCACUCAGGGUUUCGACGCACUGCUCAAAUCGAUUUUUGAACCAAAAGAAAACAAAGAGGACUCGAAGGCCAAGAAGGAGAUUCCGAAGACGUUGAUCAAAGCCUGCCAGCAGAUCGUGGACGGCUUGGUGGACGCAACCAUGAAACUGGAGAGCUCGGAAAACAAGAAACUGGUUGGCUGUAUAACGGCGCUGCAUCUCUUCUCGAAAAUUCAACCGCAACUGCUGGUGAACCACGCGAUGACACUGGAACCAUAUCUGAACAUACGGUGUCAGAAUGCCAUCAACUACAAGUUCAUCAGUAGUGUGGCGGAGAUUUUGGAACAGGUGGUGCCGUUGAUGGAGCAUCCCAGUGAGAUUUUCCUUGCUGAUCUCGAAUCGCAUCUGAUGAUGCUUAUCGUGACGCAAAGUCAAGCAGUGGUGCUGAGUUGUGUGUCGUGUCUGUCGGCGGUUGUAAAUAAAAUUACCAAGAAUUACACAUUAAUACGAGACUGUUUUUCUAAAUUUUACUAUAAGGGAUUAGUAUCUAGUAAAGAGAAGUUAAUCUCCGAUCCGUCGAUCCCCAUAGAACAACUGUAUAGGCCCCAGUUUAGGCGAAGUAUUUAUACGGUAGGAUUAAUCAUGCGGUAUUUUGACUUCAAGCAGCCAGAAGUUUACGGCGGCGAAGAUGAUGCACAAGGAGCGUUACCGGCCAAUAUCUGCGAGGACGUGUACAGCACGCUGGCAUUUUUUCUAUCGUGUAGUCAUAGUGAGAUUUGCAAGGAGACGCUGCUUUCGAUGGGCAACUUCUGCGUGAAAAACUACGAAUAUCUGACGAAGCAGGAACUGCGGGACUAUUACAACUAUCUGCUAACGCAGGACACCGUACUGACAGAGAUGAAAAUUGUCGUCCUGAAGAACAUUUUAAUGUAUCUAACCGAGGAGGAGAACAAAAUGGUUCGAAACGACAAAGAAUGGGCUAAGCAAGCACAAACCGAAGAUUUGAAAGAGAUGGGCGAUGUAUCGUCCGGCAUGGCGAGUAGGGUGAUUCAGAUAUACCUGAAGGAGAUCCUGCGGAGUUUUCUGCACCGGGACACCGGUGUACGAAUGUGGGCAAUGCGUGUGGUUGAGAUUGUGCUGCGGCAGGGUCUGGUACAUCCAGUACAAAUAGUUCCUUUCCUAAUAUGUUUAAGUACGGACCCAGAAAGAGAGGUUGCACAUAGUGCAGACCGUCAUCUCCAGGAGAUUGACAAGCAGUACCCAGGCUUUGUAAAUAUGAAAUCUCACGCCGGUUUGCAGUACUCGUACGAAUUGCAAGUCUUGUUACAAAAACUUGACGACAGUAGUAUAGUGAGAGGAUACAGAAUCAAAGAUCCUCAAGAGCCACCGAGUGCGCUGAACGGUUUCUUGUAUACUUUGUUGCGCAAUACCAAACCGCAGCGACGAGCGCUCGUUCAAUCAAUUACAAAACAGUUCGACGACGGUAAGAUCUCACUGCAGCAGAUGCUCUACCUAGCGGACAAUCUGGCCUACUUUCCGUACAUGGUGCAGGACGAGCCACUGUAUAUAAUCCAUCAUAUUGAUGUACUGAUAUCCGUUACCGGUACCAACCUUUUGGCGACGUUUCGAGAGGGGUUGAAACCUCCGCCUGGAGCGGAGAAUAACCCGGACCAGCAACCGAAUCCACUGGAAGAUGAUGAUGACGAUGACCAGGAUGUAAUUCUCAGUCGGCUACCAGAGGACACUACAGAACUACAGAACUGCAUAACUUCGGCACAAGGCUGCAUGCUUUUACUCAUACUCAAGCAGCAUUUGAAAGACAUCUACGGCAUCACAGAUUGCAAAAUUUCUCGAUACUCACCAUCGGAAGCGGGGAAAAUCUACGACAAAACAAUGCAGAGGAGAUCGAACUCAUUGUUCGAUCCCAAGGCUACCAUUACGUUGCUGAAAGAGAACCGCCACAUAAUGGCAGUCCAGUCAGAUGAUGACCGAGCAGAGCUUGUGCAACGAUAUCUGGAUUUCAAACAGUUAAUGCUGCGGCUCGAUCCGGACGAUCCAGACCUCCUGGAUGAGGAUGAUCGUGCCGCCCCGCCAAAGAAUUCUGAACCGAACUCAACUGUUACCACCCCGGUGAAGCAAGGUGAUGCCAAUAGUGCGAAUCCCGGUGGAGACAGCGCAGCUGCAACCCCCGUUAGCAACAACGUUGGCAGUAGCGGUGCGCACGUGAACAAUGUCAACAGUACUGCUACUUCUGCCAGCAGUAAUACGACGGCAGCUGUCGGCACACGGACACCGAAAUCUUCCUCGAGGCCAUCGGCAACGAACAACGCUGCCUCCAGUCGGAAAACUCUCCCAUCGCGAAGUGCUCGGAAAAAACGACGGAAACUAUCCAGUUCAGAGGAAGAGGAAAGUGAACCAAGCGAUAUGGAUUACGACUAGACACAAACAAAAAACAAAAACUUCUGCCAGAGACAUUAUUAAUCGUUGAAUCAGAGAUGUAAAAAUUACGUAGGAUCGAGAUACACGUUUAAUAUAAUUAUUUGUGGUGUAAGAAACAAUAUCAGUGGAGAAUGCCAGGAAAGAUGAUUCGUCAUCACUUUACAAAACAAAAUAAAAGCGUCUGUGAAUGCACAUUUAAGUAGAUGGUUUAAAAGUGCGCCAAUCUUAGCAGUAGCAAUAGUGGUAGAACUUGAUCAACUCGUAGUAUUUUUCUUUUCCUCCAUAAACACGCACGAACACUGUUUCAAGCGUACACCGAACCAAACACCGUCACUAGGAAUGAAACUUGCGCUUUAUUCAUACCAUUAGGUACGGUCACCCAACCUUCGAUUCAGAUUUGGAAAUGAUACGCAUUUGAAUUAAAAGAGAAACUUUGUUUUAAUAAUUCCGUAUCGGAUAGAUUGUCCGCAGUACUAUCUGUGUUCUACGGUUUCGGACGGAAAACUCCUCCCACAGAAGUGUGCAAUAAAAAGGCAUGAGGGAGCGAAUCGUUUGUGCUGACGGUAAGUCCUGGCAAAACAUGCAUGUUUCUCAACGUGGAAAACGUGUUUUGAAGUAGGAAGAUGUUUUAAUUGAAAAUAUUUAAAGCUAACUGUGAAUAGGAAGGAUGAGCGGAACAAAAUUGAUACCGCAGAAAAAUUGCGGAUAGUUUACCAAGAGGGCAAGGAAAAAAUCGCCAGAUUCACUGAUUAGAGAACUUUGAAUUAAAAAAUAAUAUUUAAUUUAUUGAACCAGAUUAGAACAGCAACGAGCAUGGCGAGAGAGAGUUAUAAAGAGUGCAAGCGCGUAACGAUUAACUUAAAUUUUGGCAAAUAAUCUGCAAAAGAGACUGGCGAAAAAAUAUUAUUACUAAUAAGAAGGUGAAGCAAUUCUUUGCUUGAGAAUAAUCGAACAUUCAAGUUCUGUUACUUUGUGCGUGUGCGAGCGUGCUGGACCCGUGUAUGUAAUUGUAUGUAUCGAGUCAACCAAUUGUAAAUAGUUUGUAAAUAUAGAGAAAAUAUGUUCAUUUUUCCCUUUCCGAAUGUGAAAAGAAAGAUAAGACAAACACAGUAGAAACAAAAUCGUUUCAAGAAAAAGAAAACCCACUGCAAAAUUUCUGCGUGUUUCGGAUAAAAUAAAGAGACAAAAAAGAACAAAAAAUAUGCAACCGACAACAAGGAAGAGACUUUAUUUAAAGUGUUUUUAGAUAAAUUAUUUAUACGAAAAAAGAAGCUGAAAACGAUAUAGAGA